AACUGUGAUAAAUCAGGAGAGCAACUCGGACACAUUUUGUAGACGGACUUGAAACAAACGCGGGGUCGACGCUGGUGGGAGAUUUGAGCGAGAGGCGCCUGGGCAGCAGUCGGCCUCAAAUUUGACUGACGACUUUGGUGGUUGACUUAUUUCUUGCUUUAACAUUACAUUUUACGUUUUGCCAUCAUGGAGGCAGAUAGUGACAUAAAAACGACGCCGAGAGGGUUUCAGUGCACCCUGUGCAAUGUCAAUUUACCAAACAUGCCAAGCUUGGAACAGCAUGUCAAAGGGCGGAAACACCAGACGUUGAGCACUGUGCGUACCACCAGGAAGACUCAGGAGCAGCACAGUGUGUUUGUCAGUGGCAUCAAGCCUGACAUCUCUCGGACUGACAUAGCUGAGUACUUCGAACGGUUUGGGCCUGUCUCAGAUGUUAUCAUGGAUAAAGACAAGGGUGUGUACGCCAUCGUGCAAUUCAGUGAGACUGACAGCAUACAGGCAACCCUGUCCUGUGUUGAGCAUCAGAUGAAAGGCUUGAAGCUGCGUGUCAAACCCCGGGAAAAGAAGGAUUUCAAGUUGAUUCCCAAGAAGAAGAAUGACUUCCAGAACCUCCAGCAAGUUCUCGACCGUCUCAAACCUCAGCUGUGUCAAUUGGUGUCUGUGGAUGCACAGAUGCAGUAUAUUGUAGAGCGAUGUCAGCUGGGAGAAAACGAAAAGAAGGCCCGAGGCUUGCUGGUUCAACUCCUGCAAGAGGUUUUCGUAGAGUUUUUUCCAGACAGCCAGAUUCUGCCAUUUGGUUCAUCUGUCAACACUUUUGGCAUCCACUCCUGUGACUUGGACCUGUUCCUGGACCUGGAAAACACCAAGGUGUUCCAGGCCCGUGCCAAGUCCACCGCAGAACAGGCUGGGGAGGGCAUGUCAGAUGAUGGCCGCUCUGAAGACUCCAUCCUGUCUGAUAUUGACCUGUCCUCUGCCUCUCCGGCAGAGGUCCUGGACCUUGUGGCAGCAAUCCUUAGACGCUGUGUCCCCAGCGUGCACAAAGUCCAGGUGGUCAGCAGCGCUCGUCUCCCUGUAGUCAAGUUCCAUCACCGUGAGCUUAACCUGCAGGGGGACAUCACCAUUAACAACAGACUAGCAGUAAGGAACACCCGCUUCCUCCAGCUGUGUUCAGGGAUAGAGGACAAGCUGAGGCCUUUGGUGUACACAAUCCGUUACUGGGCCAAGCAGAAGCAGCUGGCUGGUAAUCCCAGUGGUGCCGGUACCCUGCUCAACAACUAUGCUCUGACACUGCUGAUCAUCUUCUUCCUGCAAAACUGUGAGCCUCCUGUUGUCCCCACAGUGGACGAGCUCAAAGACAUGGCCUGUGAUGAGGAAGAGUGUGUGAUUGAGGGCUGGAACUGCACCUUCCCUAGUCAGCCUAUUGCUGUGCCCCCCAGCAAGAAUACACAGGACCUCUGUACCCUGCUCGCCGGCUUCUACUCCUUCUAUGCUAAGUUUGAUUUUGCCAGUAGUGUCAUAUCUGUCAGGGAGGGGCGUGCACUCCCAAUCACUGAUUUCAUCAGCCAGCAUAAAGAAGAGGUGGUCAUGCAAGAGGAACAACCCACCAAGUCCCAUCACCACAGUCCCAAACUGGGCCCCCUAAAUCUCUUAGACCCCUUUGAACUCUCCCACAACGUAGCUGGAAACCUGAAUGAGCGCUCUCAGCGCAGCUUCCAGAGGGAGUGCCAGGAGGCUGACAAGUACUGCCGCAGCCUGCAGUACCAGCGCAAAUCCAUCAAGGGGAAGUCAUGGGGGCUGGUGCGCUUGUUGACCCCCCAUGGCGAGGUCCCACAUGCCAAAUCAGAGCAGCUGACCAUCAGCAUCCCCUUCAAAUCAGCGGUGCUCCCUGAAGUGCUGCGUAAUCAGCUGCACAUGGCGGGAGAUGGUUUCCGGCUGCUGUGGUUUCAGAAGGUUUGCUCUGCCGUGGAGGGAGUCUUCCAAAGUGUUCUCAGGUGUCACCUUGCUCCCUCCACAGACGGCGUCUUUGGUGAGGAUUCAGCUGUCGAUGCUGCUGAGGAAAUGGAAUCUCCCUCAGCUUCCCUCAACACAUCAACAAAUGACAGCUGUGACAGUGUCGAAUCCCAAAACGAAGUCAGCCCUCUGGGUACAGCUGUGGUCGGUGGCAAAAGGCCACUAUCGUCUGGCAGCGAUGCUUCUGUGUCACCUCAAGGCAAAAAGCCAAGACUGGCUAAAAGAGGCAAGCCUGAAUUCCCUCACUGGAUCUGUGUGCAAAGGCACAUAGUGUGGGCUGGCAGGAGGAAAGUGAGAAGGGAGCUGAUCAAAGAUACAGACUCGAGGCCAGAGGGCAGCUGCAUGGAGCUGGAGUCCCAGGUCACAGCUCGCAUCAUAGAAAAGGAGCCAGAGCUCAAGGAGCCCCUGGAGUUCAAGGUUCAGCCCCAGAUGGUGGGUGGGACAGAAAGCACAAGGGCAGUGCUCAAGUUGGAGCCAAGCAAUGACAAAGCAGGAGUUUUUCAUGACUUCUUUCAUUUCCUGGAAGCCUUCUUACCUAAGAUGGUAGAGACAUUACUGGAGAAACAAGUGGGUAGUGCCUAAAAUGGGACUGGUUUCAGAUGUGUCCAUUAAAAUAAGAAUUUUGUGUUUUCUUUGUUUUGAAUCAAAGAUGCCAUUACUGCUACUUGUAUUAACCCUUGAGAGUUUGACAUAAAUGAGCGACACUGUGGCUUUAUAUUGACCAGGCAUCAAUUAUUAUAUUUGUAAAUAAGGGCUUUGUCAGAACUUCAAGUUUGUAAUGUUUUCAUGUAUACUGUAUAUUUGUAGGUAUGAGUUUGUUUCAGAAUGAGAUUUCCUGAUGAAGCCUACUUUUAUGUUUGAGAUGUGGCUUGGUUUUAGUACAUUUCUGUUUAAAAUAAUGCUCUUAAAUGAUGAAGCUUUAAAGGGGAACUUCAGUGGCAGCCAUUUGGUGUACACAGCAUCUGAUGCUGUCUUCAAAUGAAUAAAAAAAAAAAAAAAAAAAGGCUUUGUAAAACACUGCCUCAUUCUAUACACAGUAGUUGUGAUUAGUCAGGACCAUGUAUACAUUUAUUUUUCCUUCAAACAUCAUCUUUAAACUGUCACUUUUUCAUAAAGAAUCUGUAAUUGUAGUUUAACAUAGUUGCAGGAACGGGGUCGAUGCUUUGGUUUAACUUGUGUCAUGGGCUGCCAGAAAGGGCCGUUGACCAGAGCUUUUAUCCAGUCAGGUCUUCGCUCAUACGACUGAGACAGAUGAGAGUAAUUAUUCAGGUAGGCAGACUGCUUUAUUAUACCAGGACAAACAGGAGCUGAGGGAUGCACAGAGCUCCCCUGUGCUGAUUAACAUCAUUCAUCUCACUUUUAAAAGAUGGCCAGCAGGUUAGAUGGGGCUAUGAAGAUGGCUGUGAUGAUGAAGGUGUUUGAGACAGCUUACAGCAUGUUUAUCUGCUGCUGUUUUGCAUUACUGAUGGGAUGUUUGUUGUGGUCAUGAAAUGAAAGAUAAAACUGUCUUAUAUGA